CUUGAACCAAAAUCGCUUCGGUUCUUAGUCGGUUAAGUAAUCUGUUAAACCAAUUUGCCUCUACUUGCUAAAAAAUUCCUAAAUCGCUUUCUUCUCUCUGAUCAUCAUCAUCACUCGAAUUCAAUCGAAUCUAUGAAACCCUAAAUGCGUUUUCGUUCUCCCUGCAUCAUUUCAGGUUAAUCUUGUUCCCUGGUUCAAAAACAAAAAGUUUCAGUUCUUCACAACCCAGAUUGUGUUUUGCUGAAAGUAAAGUAUAAGAACAGUAAUGGCGCUCUGUAACUUUAAUCCAAAUCUCUGGGGAUUCCCGCUGCAAGGAUUAUCAAAAUCCCAGGAAUUUGGAUGCUUUUCAUUGCCCGAGUUUCCAACUUGUUCGAAGGCCAAAAGGUUUGGUUUUUGCAUCAGGGCAAAGUUCUCAGAGACACAACCCGGGAAGGUGGACGGAAGUUACGGAGCCACUGUGAAGAGGAAGGAAAUAAAGAAAGUGAGGAAGCCAGAGCAUCAUUUGUGGAAGAAGAAUGACUCUGCUGGCUCCGGGCAGAAAGCACUUAAUCUUGUCCGAAUAAUCUCUGGACUCCCGAAUGAAAAAGAAGCCGUUUAUGGAGCUUUGAACAAAUGGGUAGCAUGGGAGGUUGAGUUUCCCAUUAUUGCUGCAGCUAAGGCUUUGCAGAUCUUAAGGAAGAGAAGCCAAUGGCACCGUGUGAUUCAAGUGGCUAAGUGGAUGUUAAGCAAAGGCCAAGGCGCUACAAUGGGAACAUAUGAUACCCUCUUAUUGGCAUUUGAUAUGGACGAAAGGCCUGAUGAGGCAGAAUCUUUAUGGAACAUGAUUCUGCACACGCAUACACGAUCCAUCCCAAGACGCUUGUUCGCUAGGAUGAUAGCUUUGUAUGCUCACCAUGACCUUCAAGAUAAGGUCAUCGAGGUGUUUGCAGACAUGGAGGAGCUAAAGGUGAGGCCGGACGAAGAUACGGCAAAGAGAGUGGCGCGAGCUUUCAGGGAACUCGGCCAAGAAGAAAAGCGGAAACUCGUUCUUAGGAGUGUUCAGUGA